AAAACUGUAAGCAACCGUCCUACGACUACUCAGGGCGGUUUUCACUAAGCACACUCUUCAACUCUAUCUCUCCCCGUCGAACAUCGCCUCUUUUCUCCGGUGAAUGGUAAAUUAAUGUGCUUGUUGACAACGAGAUCGUCCUGAAGUGUCUUGAUCCGUGAUUAUUGGUGUUGAUUUGAGAAAUGUUUGUUAAAAAGCUAGUCGAAAAGGCUUCGUUGAAGAAGCCUGGAGGAAAUUCAGAUGGUUUAAAGUCUGACGAAGUAAAUCCACGUCCCAUUUUCCAUUAUGGCCUUCCGUCUGAAUGCAUAUUGUUGGCUCAUGAUCCUAUUCAGAAGAUUCUUGCUCUGUCGACCAUAGAUGGUCGUAUUAAGUUAUUUGGACAAGAUAACACUCAAGCUGUAAUGGAAUCUCCCGAGGCAGUACCAAGUAAAUUUUUGCAGUUCAUUCAUAACCAACAGUUUCUUAUAAACAUUAAUGCAAAAGAUCAUAUUGAGGUUUGGGACAUAGACAUGAAGUCGUUAGUUCAUGUGCAUAUAUAUAAGGAUGAAAUUACAUCGUUUACCGUCCUCCAACGUACCUUUUACAUGUAUGUUGGAGACUCAUUUGGUAAUGUUUCGGUUCUGAAGUUUGACAAGGAACCAUGUAAUAUAUUACAAAUGAAAUACCGAAUUCCUUUUUCAGCAUCUCAUGGUAAUUCAAGGGAGGAUCUCAGUGAUGCUGCUGUUAUGUAUAUACUGCCUCAACCAGGCGCUGAAAGUAAGAGGAUACUUAUAAUUUAUAUAGAUGGAUCUGUUACAUUAUGGGCAAUUCAAGAUAGCAAAGCCAUCUUUACAACUGGAGGAACUUUGAUGCACUCACUAAAUCAUGACACUAAAAAAGUGACAGCUGCAUGCUGGGUUUGUCCCUUUGGAAGCAAAGUAGUAAUUGGAUACAGCAAUGGAGAACUUCUAAUCUGGAGUAUUCCACACACCAUAGACUCAAAAACUGAACUUGCAACUGAUAAGGAAUUAGGUGGCGCCCAAAGUGCUCCUCUAUUCAAACUAAAUCUUGGGUAUAAGCUAGACAAAGUCCCUAUAGCCAGAUUGAAAUGGGCUUAUGCUGACGGGAAAGCAAGUCGACUAUAUGUUCUAGGCUCUGCCGACUUUUCAUCUGCAAACUUGUUACAGGUUAUUAUAAUAAACGAACAGAUUGAAUCUCGCACUAAUAAACUGGGAAUUGCUUCCCCUGAGCCAUGUGUUGACAUGGAGAUUGUUUCGUCCUAUAGUGAACAGAGCAAACAUAAAGAAGAUUGCUUUCUUGUGCUUGGCAAGUCAGGCCAUGUUUAUGUGUAUGAUGAUUUUUCAAUUGAAAAAUACCUAAUUCAGGCCCAAUCUAGGUCGCCACCAUCACUUCCAAAAGAGGUAAAGGUGAGACUACCAUAUGCUGACCCAAGCAUCACUGUAGCGAAGUUCAUCACUGACAAUCCAUGCUUGUUGUCUUCUGCUGAUGAGGAGUACAUAUUGCUGUCAAAAAAGAUCCCUUCGCUUUUUUCAUUUGAGGCUAAGCAAAAAGAUGGAUCUCCAUCAACCACUUUUAGCAGUUUUUCAAAUUUUAAAAACAUAUAUAUAACAGGACACAGCAAUGGAGCCAUAAACUUUUGGGAUGCAUCAUCUCCACUUCUUCUUCCAAUUGUAUCAUUUAAUCAACAGAGUGAGGAUGAUCAGUCUGUAAGUACUGUACCCCUGACUGCGUUAUGUUAUGAUAUGGAAGCACGACUUCUCAUAUCUGGAGAUCAAAAUGGAACAGUUAGAAUUUUCAAAUUUAAGCCUGAGCCAUAUUCCACAGAGAGCGGUUUUUUGUCCUUACAAGGAAGUUCAAAGAAAGGAAGCAACAUCAUUCAAAAUGUUAAACUUGUGAAGGUUAAUGGAGCAGUGCUUUCAAUAAGUACAAGCCAUGACUCUAAGCAUAUUGCUGUUGGGUCGGAUCAAGGAUAUGUUUCAGUAAUUGAUAUGGGAGGACCAACUUUACUAUAUGAGAGACAUAUAGCAAGUGAGCUGUCUACGGCUGUCAUCUCUCUGCAAUUUGGGAUGUGUAGCUUGCAUGGCUUUGAGAAGAGUGUCCUAGUGGCGGCAACAAAGGAUUCGUCGGCUUGGGCACUUGAGAGUGAAACAGGAAAUAUACUCAACACUGGAUCAGUCCAUCCCAAAAAACCUUCUAAAGCUUUGUUCAUCCAAAUGUUGGAUGAGCAGGGUGCAUCUGGCAGGGGAUCUAAUGCAUCUAGACGUGUAGACUUGCACAAAGGCAAUUCCUUUGAUGAUGGCAUAGUAAAAGACUUAUUGCUACUAUGCUCUGAGAAAGCUGCUUACGUCUAUUCACUUCCACAUGUGGUUCAGGGUGUGAAGAAGGUUUGCUACAAAAAGAAAUUCACUUCCUCAAUUUGUUGCUGGGCUUCAACAUUUUCUGAUACGGGCCUUGUACUUGUUUUUACUAAUGGAAAAAUUGAAAUCAGAUCCCUGCCAGAAUUAUCCCUUUUGAAGGCAACAUCAAUAAGAGGUCUUGCAUUUUCAACUUCAAAACCAAAUUCCCUACCUGAUAAUUCAAUUUGUGCUUCACAAAAUGGUGAUCUCAUCAUGGUGAAUGGUGAUCGGGAAGUUGUUAUGGUUUCAGUUUUACAUCAAAGGGAAAUCUUCAGGCAUCUAGACUCAGCAACCCAAGUUUAUAACAGGGAUCUAAUAGUUCCUCAAGGGAUUCAAUCAGAGCAUGUCAUCCACAAAGAGAAAAAAAAGGGAAUCUUUAGUUCUAUGAUUAAAGGAAGCAAACCAAAGAAUGAGCCAGAAACAGAACCAGAGUCUGCUAGAGAAAGCUUUGAAGAACUGUCAACAUUAUUUUCCGUUACUAACUUCCCAAUGGAGAGUGAAACCCGAGAAAAUCUCCCAACAGAUGAAGAUGAUGUUGAACUGGAUAUAGACGAUAUUGACAUUGACGAUCCAGAAGUGAAACCAAAAGGAAAUACCAUGAUGGCAGCGCUUAACAAACAAAAGCUUACAAGCAAAUUUCAAGCAUUCAAAGGUAAAUUGAAAGAGAUGAACGUCAAAAAGGAGAAAGUGCAAACAAAGGAAGAGCCACGAGAUGAGAAGACUGGUUCUGUAGACCAAAUCAAGAAAAAAUAUGGAUUUAGCUUGACUGGCGACACAAGUGCAGCUAAAAUGGCACAAAACAAGCUGAGUGAGAACAUAAGAAAACUAAAGGGAAUCAACUUGAAGACAGCAGAAAUGCAAGACAACGCACAGACAUUCUCUUCGAUGGCAAAAGAGGUGCUGCGAACUGCUGAAAAUGAUCGGCGAACCUCAUGAUCGUCGAACCUCAUGAUCGUCAUAUAUGUAGAGUCAGAAAUAAAAGAUUUUUGGUUGAAUUAUAUAUUGGAGGUGAAGGUGUAUAGAGAUCACAUUGUUUUCCUUUUUGUUGGUACCAUUUGACAUGUAAUUUUUGGAGAAAACGAUAACUACAUUAUGUAUUCCGGUUAAAAGCCUCAUUGUGUGUAUAUGAUCGCAUUGUUAAUUGGUGACUCAA